AUGCUCUCUCUCUCUCUCUCUCUCUCUCUCUCUCUCUCUCUCUCUCACGUUAUUCAACAAAGAAAAAUCGGCAUUUUACACUUUUUUAUUUGUCAUGACACUUAUAUUCUCUCUACCCCCCUCCUCUCUCUCUCUCUCUCUCUCUCUCUCUCUCUCUCUCUCUCUCUCAUCUUCUUUUCCGGAAAUCCUAUUCUUUUUUUCACACUUUCCUAUUCCUCCUCUAUUCCUCCUUUUCCCUUUUCUUAUAUUUCUCUCCCCACCUUCCUUUGUAUCCAUUUGUGUUCUUUUUUCUCCUUUCUUUUAGAUCAUUUAUAUUUGCAACCUCCCAACAUUGCCUCUCUUUCAGGGGAACUCUCGUUUGUUCUGAAUUUAUUGCAUCGAAUGUGCAUCUAUCUAUCUAUCUAUCUAUCUAUCUAUCUAUCUAUCUAUCUAUUUAUCUAUCUAUCUAUCUAUCUGACCGGAAAUGAAGAUAUCUCUCUCUAUCUUUACAUUUCUCUUUAUACUAUUAUUUCUAUUUCGAUGUCUUUCAGUUUCUUUACUCUUUUUCAUUCCUUUCUUUCUGUUUCUAAUUUUCUAUGCUUCUAUUUAUCUCUUUUCCAGGAUGAAGAAUAUGUCUGUCUCUCUGUCUCUCACUCUCUCUGUCUCUCUCUCUGUCUCUCUCUCUAUCUAUCUAUCUCUGUUCUGAACGCUUUGACAUUGGAGGCAAAAACACAGUCUAAUUUGCUUAUUCUCUUUAUAUCACUCUCUCUCUCUCUCUCUCUAUUUAAUUCUUCCUUUUUAUCUUUUCGCCUGUCUUGCAUUUCCUUAUCACCACCUUUCCUCCUCUCAAACUUCACCCUCUCUCUCUCUCUCUCUCUCUCUCUCUCUUUCACUUUCUCUUUCUAUUCCGUUCAAUUUUCUAUCUUUUACCUUUCCUAUCGCAUUCCUUCUUUUUCUCUCACAAUGCGUAAUUUAUUCUCCUUCCCCAUUUCUUUGCUUUUGUUUCUCUUUCUAUCUUUCUUCCCUCUUGUCCGCUAUAUAGUCUUCUUCAACACUAUUUUUUUCUCUUUGCGUAGUUUUUCUACUUCUCUUUAUCUUUUUUUUCUAUUUCUUUCACGCUCCUCGUUCACUAUUAUGCCUUUGCAUUUUCAUCUUUCUGCUUCUUUCGUUCACUCUCUCUCUCUUUUCUUCCUCAUUUCUUCUUUCAACUCUAUUCUUUUCUACUUAUUCUUAUAUCUUUAUUUUAUUUUUCGUUUUUCAUUAUCUUUCUCUUUUGGAUGUAGCUCAGAUAACCAAUUAAACCUUUCAUAUUUUUCUUUCUUCUCUCUCUCUCUCUCUCUCUCUCUCUCUCUCUCUCAUGCACGCGCCGUAACCUUCUUCUCUCUCCUCUCCUCCCCCCUCUCUCCUCCCCCCUCUCUCUCUCUCGCUCUUCCCCUCUUUCUCUCUUCCCUCUCCCUCUCUUUCUUAUUCUGUUUCUUUAACUUAAAUUUUUCUCCAUAUGCAAAUCUGGUCAACUUUAUCAUACCUCCCUUUCUUUAUUUCUGUCUACUUAUAACACUCACUUCAUACCUCUCUUCGUUUGUCCCUAUCUCAUCCGUUUGCCCAUAUCUAUUUAUCUAG